CGCUGAUGGCGAGCUGAAUGCGCUGCUUCCCUAACUGCUGUUUUACCUACAGGUACGGCUGAUCCACUGGAAACUAGACUGAACCAGGACACCACAGGGACUGAUUCAUUCCAGAGGACUUAGAUCUACUAGAUAUUCGGAAAUACUCACUGCUGGACCUGGAUUUAGUGGACCUGAUCUGAGCUCAAGAUUCCGACCCUGUUGAUCAGAACUAUCCUGGUCAGACUCAGACAUGAACUUGUCGAAAAUUAAAACCGGGAUAGUGAUUCUGCUGUUUGUUCUGCUCAUAGGACUGUUGUACAGCUCAGGCUGGAAGUACGGCAGAUUUAUGGAUCCCGUUGAACGGAGUCAGAUUUUACCUACAAACAGGCCACCGCCCAUGACGCCUUUGCCAGGUGAAGCCCCUGGUCGUACUGACGUGCUGACGAUGACGACCUGGUCGGCUCCGGUGGUUUGGGAGGGAACCUUCGACCCGGUUCUCCUCGACAGCCACUACCAGACGAAGAACCUCACCAUCGCAGCCACGGUGUUCGCCCAGGGAAAGUACAUCAGGUUCCUGAAAAGGUUUCUGGAGACCAUGGAGCAGCACUUCUUCAUUGGUUUCAAUGUGCAUGUGUUCGUCUACACUGACCAGCCAAACGAGGUGCCCCAAGUCAAAAUGUCCAGCGGCAGACAGCGGACGGUGAAAACAGUGCACACCCUUAACCGUUGGCAGGAAAUCACUUCCAGCAGGAUGUUUCUGGUCCAGGCCCUAAUAGAGGAGGAGCUUCAUGACUACGCCGACUUCAUCUUCUGUUUGGAUGUGGACUCCGAAUUCCACGGCCAUUGGGGCACGGAGUCACUGGGAGAACUGGUCGGUGUUCUCCAUCCAGGUUACUACAAAACCGACCGCAGCGGAUUCCCCUAUGAGCGACGGCCUAUCUCCAAAGCCUACAUAGCUCCUGAGGACGGGGACUUCUACUACGCUAUGGGGGCAUUCGGAGGCAACCUGCAGCAAGUACACCAGCUUACCCAAAACUGCUCCAUCAACUUUUGGGACGAUGCUACAAAAGGCAUCGAGGCCGCCUGGCAGGAGGAGAGUCACAUCAACAGGUAUAUGUGGAUCAAUAAGCCCAGUAAGGUUCUGUCACCUGAGUACCAGUGGCAAGACUUUAAAGCCCAAGACCCUGAAGUGCACAUCAUCAGGUUCUCCGGAAUUGUGAAGAACUACGCAGAGAUCCGACCGAAUUGGGUCUGAGAGAACCCAACCGCACCAGACGGAAUGUUAAAGUCAGCUAUGUAGUCCUGGAUUACUUUCUGUAUAGUGUCGAGCAGAACUUAAAGUAAAACAUUUAGAUUUUGGGUCCUGGUCUAGACCUGGCCUGGUUUGGCCUCUGAUGGUUUUGUUGAGUUUUCACCUGUCAGUGUAAAUAAAGUUGAUGACAGGUUU